CAAAAGAAAGGCUGCUGAAAUAAAGCGACUAAGAUAUCAUAAACUUAAAGAACAAGAAAGAUAUCUGAAUGAAACAUUAUCGACACUGACAAUUGACUCGGAUAUAUCAGAUAUGGGCAACCGUAUGGACGAUGUUAAUGAAUUGGCAAAAAAGGUUAAACAACUUGAAGACCAUUUCGACAAGGAGUGUGAUAAGAAGAAUGAGAGGAUACAAAAGAUGACAAAUCUCGCUAUAUUUAAGUUCGGAAAAUAUAUGGAGAAACGUCAAAGCACAAUAUCAGAACUUAGAAGGGCUGCAGACACUAUAGACAUUGAGGCAAAAGAAAAGGCUGGUAGGGACUUCAACAAAGCAGCUGUAUCGACAACAGCAGACGGAGUCGCUUUAGCAAGUUUUGGAGCUGCAUUCUUUACUGCAGGUGUUGGUGCCAUACCAGGUAUUGCGGCAACUGCAGUGAGUAUUGGGUCAGACAUAUGUAAAAAUUCAGAUGACCAAUAUGUUGAAAGGGUUAUGAAAAGGCACAUCGACGAGGUCAAUGAAAAAAUAGCAAAAGAAGAACGUGAACGUGUUUUAUUCUUUUCAUUUCUUGAUCAGUUGAAAAAUGAAAUUAAUGACUUUGCAAAUUAUCAAAUGUCACAUUCUGACAGUAUUCAAGAAAUGAGUCAUUAUGUUAAAAGUAGGAAUGCGAGUUAUGGGAAGUAUCAACCGCUGACUGGUGUUGCAUCUCUAACAUGUAAAGCCAUCGCUCAAAAUCCUGAAAAAGUUGUACACGCGUCCAAAACAGUAGUUCAAGUUGUCAACAAAUCUGUAAAAAUGUUUGUGCAAAAGUCGGAUAAGAUAAUCCCUUUCGCUCACAAGGGGCAAAAAUUACUUGAGAAAGUCGGUAGAAAUUAUGCUGUUUUGGACUCCAAAACAAAAGCGCUAUCUCUCACCAAGACAACAACAAGCGCAACCAAUGCAGUUAAUAAAACUGCAUUUGAGUCUAUGGGUAAAGUUGGCAAAGUCUUUCAUGUCGGCGGUGGAGUAUUGAGUGCUGUUAUGCUGUACAAAGAUGUACAAUCUUUGUUUCACGCUCAUCAGGCUUCACAAGGAACAAAUUCAAGUACUGCACGUCAAAUAAGGAGUAUAGCUGACGAAUUGGAGCGUGGCAUUCCAAAUGAGCAAGACAUGGACACAAUUCUUGAGAAUUAUUUAAAUGGUUAUUCUACCAUAUAG